UAUAUUUAAUUGGGAUUUGUAUUUUCGUUGUCAACUAAGUUCUUGCUCAAACUAUUCAUUUGUUUUGCCGCUUACAUCUAAACGCUUCAUUAUGCCAGACUUCUGGAUUGCAGAAAGUGUUAAAGAUCGAUCUUUUGAUGAUUAUUACGAGCUCGGUAAAGAACUCGGAAGUGGGGCCACUUCGAAAGUAUACAAGUGCAAUGCAAAAGGAAGUGACCAAGCCUGGGCUGUAAAAGUUAUCAACAAAAAGGUUGACAGAAAAGUUGUGAAAACAGAGGUUGGGAUUUUGCUGAAAAUCUCGCAUGUAAAUGUGAUCCGAAUGAAGGAGAUAUUUGAGACACCAACACAGAUUCUGCUGGUGCUUGAGCUAGUGACAGGAGGAGAGCUUUUUGAAAGAAUUGUUAAUAGAGGAAAAUACUCUGAGAAAGAUGCUGCCCUAGCUGUAAGGGAGAUGUUGGAAGGAUUGGAGUAUCUUCACAAGAAUGACAUAAUGCAUAGAGAUUUAAAGCCAGAAAAUCUGCUGUACGAAAAUUUAUCAGAGAAAGCAAAGUUAAAAAUAGCGGACUUUGGUUUAUCGAAGAUUAUUGGAGCCCAGGUAACAACAAACACAGUCUGUGGUACACCGGGGUACUGUGCUCCUGAGGUGGUCAAGGGAAAGUGCUAUGACACCAAGGUAGACAUGUGGAGUAUUGGCGUCAUCGCCUACAUCUUGUUAUGUGGAUAUGAGCCAUUCUAUGAUGAUGAAGAAACUAUCAUGUACAAGAAGAUUUUAAAGGGCAACUAUGAAUUCGACUCCCCCUGGUGGGACAACAUCACAGAAAAUGCCAAGGAUUUCAUAAGGAAGCUGCUGAUAGUGGACGUAAAGUCCCGUCUGUCUGCGGUGGAUGCUUUGAAACAUCCGUGGGUGAUUGGAUCUGCCGCAGAUGACAAACACCUUGAGGAAACACAGAAGAAGAUCAAGGAGUUCAAUGCUAAGAGAAAAUUGAAGGCUCUCACAGCCAUCGGCCUUAUGUUAGGGGAACACUUCGGCAACACCAGCACACAAACCUUGGUUCCCAUGGCAACUAGUGACAUUUCUCUUGAAAUUCAACGAGCAAAAGUGAAAUACAUGGAAGAGUAGUUGUGCAGGGGAUAUCAAUGACUAGCAUGUGUGAUCUGUAGUUGUUGUAUUAAUCAGCAAUUACAAAAUUUCACUAGAAAACCACUGUAUAUAUUCCACAUGAAUUUUAGAGAGAAUUUAUUUAAAAAAAGCCUGCCUAACUUGAUACUCCUCUAACUGAGCCUUACCAGUGUUUGUUGUGUCAUAAAGUGUAGAAAUGUAUUCUGUAAAACCAGGCAGUGUACUUCUGGUUUCCACCUGUAAGAGUGGACAUGAUGCCUCAAUGGCGAGCCCCAUGCAGCAUGCCAGUGUUACGGCUGGUCUCCUGGCUGAUAUUUCAGGCACUGACAGACAUCACGCUGGUGCUGGGACCACACUUUGGGGUCUUUGGGGAUCAGCUGCAGGGCCAGAUAUCCACCAGUGAUGUCACAAUGCAGGUCUCACAGGAGGCCAUGGAACAGUGAAUUGAAAACAACACAGGUCACAAUGCAUAGACGUCGGGCACACAUCCAGAAGACUGAUGAUACAUGUUGACGAGUUGUUCUGUUAUUGUUCCAACAGUGGUACACAUUUUGCCGAUUGUUUUGUGUAUAUAGAAACUUUACAGCAUUUACACUUUUAUGAGAAAAGGCUGAUUUUUAAGAAAUCAGGAAAUAUUUACAUUGUUGUAAUUUAUUAAAAAUCAUGCAAAGAAACUUUUUAAGUUUAGCAAUCUGAUGUAGUUGAUAUUGAAACUUACACUUGUACAGGGUUUCAUGUUAAUGUUGCAUCAUCUUAUACAAGUACAUGUCUGUGUUAACAACAUCUGAUAGUUACAUAUUAAUCUUUAAUCAAAUAAUGCAAUAUAUGUUUGUUUUUAUAUGUAGAAUUAUUAUGCUCUGUAACACUGGCUUUAUUUGCUAGCAUUUCCAGGUUUAUUAUGAUACAAUCAGUUCUAAUGAUACUGUCCACAUAUUUUAAAUUAUCCUGCAUGAUGUGAUAGAAAUGUACACUUAUUUUGUUGUUUGUUAUGAAUUUAUUCUUCAUAUUUCAACUCUGUGAUAACAACCAUUCAGAAUAAAAUAUGUGCAAAACC